GUGGGCAGGGACAUGGAGCCGUGGGGAGUACCUAACAGACUGCAACGGAAAGGAGCCCUUGGAUCCAAGCGUCAGAACAAGGGCCGUCCGCCCCAGCCAGAACAGUAACGAAGGGGGAAACACAACUGACCAUUUAUGUUUUUUUCGGUGUGUGAAAUUACUGGUGAAGCACAUAUGAUCGUAUACUUUAUUAAGACAUUGCAAACUUAGUUAGCAAGUGUGCUAGCUGGAAAAGUUAGGUAACUUGCUAGCCACCUAGCAUUGUUAGCUAAUUAGCUAUAGAUAUCUUUCUAAACUGACUUGGCUGUGUGGUUGAUUCGUUUUUGUUUUGUCUCUAUGCGAAAGAUGCAGUUGGUUGCCAGCUUGAUUGUAGGAUAAGUCACUGAUGCCUACCAGGUCUCAGGGCUGAGAUGAAGUCUGUCUUAAAGGACAGUCCUUCACUCAUUUCUUUGCGAAUGUCAGCGCCGUGAAUGUUGGCAAGAUGGAUUAUUCACGAUUUUAUUGCUACAUUGAUGUCGCCUAUUUUUGAGUUAUGCUCUCAAGAAAGAAGAGUAAAAACGAAGCCUCGAAACCAGCCGAAGUCCACGGGAAAUAUGUGAAAAAGGAGACCUCACCACUUCUUAGAAAUCUUAUGCCAUCCUUCAUCCGGCACGGCCCUACUAUUCCCCGUCGCGGUGAGGUAGCCCUCCCUGAGCCGAUGCCCGCCUCCAGCUAUCCCUCAGUGGGGCCCGCGGGCCCCGAGGCCGGCCCGCCGCGUGGCACCAAGAGCUUCCUGCGGCCGCAGCCACAGCGCUCUGCCCAGGAGGUGGCGCUGCGCGCCAGCCAGCGCGUGUCGGCGCCACCGUACGGCCUGCGCGGGCCCGGUGAGAUGGCGGAGUACGCCGGCUCACAGCAAUCCUUCUUGCCGUCACCUGGGCCCACGGGUGAGGCAGAGAAUGGCGGGGGGGAUGUUGGAGGUCGCUUCUACUACCCCGAAGGCCCGACCUCUGCGGCAGCUGGCGUCAUCGCCCCCGGUUACUAUGAGGGCCGCCGGGCCCCACAGGGCCUGCGCCGGCCACAGCAGCUGCCUCCCCCGGAGCGAUUCCACGAUGAUUAUCGCUACUACGAGCACCAGGCCAGCGAGCACGCCUUCUCUAGGAUGCCCCCACACACUCCUCCACCCGCUCAGACCAGACCCCCCGCAGGCAUCGGACGCAUGCAGGCCAAGUCCCUGGGCAACUUGUCCAGCCCCAGCAUUGGUGGUGCCAGCGACGACCUCCCGCUGCCGACUGGCUGGUCCGUGGACUGGACCAUCCGUGGCCGGCGCUACUACAUCGACCACAACACCAACACCACGCACUGGAGCCACCCGCUGGAGCGCGAGGGCCUGCCGCCGGGCUGGGAGAAGGUGGAGUCGGCCGAGUUCGGCGUCUAUUACGUGGACCACGUCAACAAGCGUGCCCAGUAUCGCCACCCGUGCGCCCCAAGUGUCCCUCGUUACGACCAGCCCCCGCCCCUCCCCCCUCCAGUGACGUACCAGCCACGUCCUACUGAGCGCGUGCAGCCGGUCCUGGUGCCUGCCAACCCCUACCACACCGCAGAGAUCCCAGACUGGCUCCAGGUCUACGCCAGAGCCCCACUCAAGUACGACCACAUCCUGAAGUGGGAGCUGUUCCAGCUGGUGGACUUGGACACAUACCAGGGCAUGCUGAAGCUGCUCUUCAUGAAAGAGCUGGAGCGCAUCGUCAAGUCGUACGAGUCGUACCGCCAGGCGCUGCUCGGCGAGGUGGAGGCGCGCCAGCAGCGCCAACAGUGGUACGCCCAGCAGCCACCGCCCGCCAACAGCUACCCCGUCAACAUGUGAGGGCCACAGUGCCAGGGCGA